AUGGGCACGAUGGACUGGAGCGACGGCACGAUGAUGAACGGCAAUGGUAACGGCACCGAGGCGGCGGCUUCGAUCGACAGCGUCGUCGAGGGAUGUCGGCUCUUGGUGCGGAUGGGGAAUGCCGAUAUACGUGAUGCGGAGAUCAUCUCCGUGCGGCGCACGGCCGAGGGUCCGAUGUUCUACGUGCAUUACGUGGACUGCAAUCGGAGAUUGGACGAAUGGGUCGGCCCGUCAGCCCUGCACCUAUCCUCAUUUCGACCACCGACAAAAGCGCCCCGAAAAGGAGCCAUCGGGCACCGCGACGCCUACAUCCCAAUGACCGACACGCAAAAUAGCUCAGCCAGCCAAUCGCCAGAACGAGAGCUUGUGAUGAGGAAACAGGGCCGAGAUAUACCCCUUCCACAACUUCCCUCGACGUCGGGCAUCUCAAGACGAAGAAAACUCGACGAAGAAGAGGCACCGCUAAGCCCGAUGAUAUCCACGCCAGCGCCACCGAUAGCCACGUCUUCACCGCGUACCUCCGGUUCAAUGUCGAUGGUCGGCCACAGUGAAGACGUGCUCACCCGGAUACGUAACGUCGAGAUGAUAGAGUUGGGAAGAUUCCGAAUGGUCCCCUGGUAUUUCUCGCCGUACCCGCACGAGCUGACCCGGCUGCCCUGCAUAUACCUAUGCGAAUUUUGCCUCAAAUUCCACAAAAGCUCAAACUGCCUGGCGCGGCAUUUGGAGAAAUGCCUCAUAAAACAUCCACCCGGCAACGAGAUCUAUCGCAACGAUCACAUCAGCUUUUUCGAGAUUGAUGGCAGAAGAAAUAAGUUCUACGCCCAAAACCUGUGCCUACUUGCCAAGCUGUUCCUCGACCACAAGACGCUAUACUACGACACGGACCCUUUCUUGUUCUACGUGCUUGCCGAGCAGGACGAGCGGGGCUGGCAUCUUGUCGGGUAUUUCUCAAAGGAAAAAGAGUCGGCGGACGAGUACAACGUGGCCUGCAUCCUCGUCCUCCCCUCAUACCAGAAGAAGGGCUACGGGCGACUACUCAUAGAGUUCAGCUACGAGUUGAGCAAGAUCGAAGGGAAGACGGGCUCCCCCGAGAAGCCGCUCUCCGAUUUGGGAUUGCUCUCCUACCGCAGCUUUUGGGCGGCGACUAUCAUCGAAACGCUGAUCCGCGAGAAAGAGAGCCAUAACCGAGAAGGCCUUUCCAUCCUCGACAUUUCCUCGCAGACGUCCAUACGAAAAGAAGACGUCAUGUCCACGUUGCAGCUAAACGGACUCUGCCGCUACUCGGCCCGCGGCCAAUGGGUAUUCGUGCUGACCGACGAGAUUCGAGCGCGCUACGAAAAGAUGCAAAACAAAGUCCAGUUGCGCAUCGACGCGUCCAAGAUCAGCUGGCAUCCGCGCGACUGGGCCAAGCGGAAGGCC